AUGGCGCAUUUGCAUUCAUUUUGCCCAGAAGAGCCUGCUAAUUACGUGGAUGGGAAGAAAUCGAGCUCCCAAAUCAAAUACCCCGAAACAGGGUUUUUCAAGGGGUUCAACAAGCCAACAAGAUUCGAAGGCGACAUUUUCGAUCUUGAAGUAUCAGGAACUAUUCCAGAUGACAUAAAUGGUACAUUCUAUCGAAUCCAACCAGAUCAUCGGUUUCCACCCCUGUUCGAAGAGGACAUACAUUUCAAUGGUGAUGGAGCGAUAUCCGCGUUUCGGUUCGAGAACGGCCAUGUUGACUUCCGUCAAAGAUACGUACAAACGGAAAGAUUUAAGCAUGAAACAGCAGCCAGGAAAAGUUUAUUCGGGAAGUACAGAAACCUUUACACGGACAAUGAAGCGGUAAAGGGCAUUAUCAGGACUGCGUCAAAUACAAACGUGGUAUUCUGGCGGGGCAUGCUUCUUGCCAUGAAAGAAGAUGGGCCACCGUUCGCCAUGGACCCGACGACACUCGAGACACUGGGUCGGUAUGACUUCGAUGGACAAGUACUCUCGCCCACGUUCACUGCACAUCCGAAAUUUGACCCUAUAACCGGAGAGAUGGUUUGUUUUGGGUAUGAAGCUGGUGGCAAUGGAAAUGAUGGCUCGUGUGAUAUCGUGGUAUAUACGAUAGACAAAAACGGUAAGAAAACAGAAGAGACAUGGUACAAAGCGCCAUUUUGCGGGAUUAUUCAUGACUGUGGAAUCAGCGAGAACUAUCUCGUCCUUCCUAUGACGCCUCUCAAGUGUUCUCAUGAUCGUCUGAAGAAAGGUGGUAACCACUGGGCUUGGGAUCCGGACGAAGACCAAAUGUACGGCAUUGUCCCUCGACGCGGUGGAAAGCCUGAUGACAUCGUUUGGCUAAGAGCUGACAAUGCCUUCCAUGGACAUGUCGCCGGUUGCUACGAGAAUUCGGAUCGCCAUAUUGUCUUCGACUUGACCAUUGCUAACGAUAAUGUGUUUUUCUUCUUCCCACCAGAGAACACACCAGCUGAGACACUCAACCAAAGGAAUAAGCUGACUUCGGAUACAUUUCGUUGGAUAUUUGACCCGAAAGCCAAAUCAAACACGCGCGUCGAACCGGCAGAGGUGUUUGGUAUCAACGGGGAAUUCUCUCGAAUCGAUGACCGGCUUGUUACAAAGCCAUACAACCAUUUCUGGCAAGUACAAAUCGAGCCCACCCGGCCCUAUGACUUCGCGAAAUGCGGCUCACCCGCUGGUGGUUUCUUCAACGCCAUCGGACAUUUCCAGUGGGACAGCAGGGCGAAGGAUGUUUACUGGGCUGGACCCACAACCACCUUCCAAGAGCCGGUCUUUGUUCCACGCAAUUCAGAUACAGAAGGAGAUGGAUAUCUUAUCGUGCUCCUGAAUCAUCUCGACGAGCUACGAAACGAUAUCCUGAUACUUGACGCGUUACAUGUCGCUAAAGGGCCACUAGCGGUCAUCCAUCUGCCCUUCAAGCUACGGUUAGGGCUUCAUGGUAACUUUGUCGACCAGCGAGAGAUUGAUAAUUGGCGAGACUUGAGAAAGGAGGACGGAGAACUGGGGCCGGUCAAGCCUGCAGAGAAGCCUCUUCCGUGGCAACAAGCUCUGGAAAAGGUAAAUGGCGCUCCAUAG